AGAGGACGUGGAGAUAUCUAAUUUUGAUAUUGAGAUAGACAUAUACACAUCCCAACUGCCAUCAGCUUUCUAUCUUUCCUUUCACUGAAAAGGAUCGAGUACCAAGUGACCAGGUUCAAGGAGCUGGCUGUCACCUCAAAACCAAGAACAUGUGUUUCUUGAUGAAAUAAUUAGCCCAUUGGCUUGUUGUUCUCAGAGCCAAGCAAGCCCUGCCUUGUGCUGAUCAGAUCAAUCAUAUGCAUCCACUCCCAUGCAUCUCCUCGCAGGGCAAGAACCAAGAAGAAUCAGUACGCAACGCGGCGGCCAUAAUUCUCCUCAAUUAUUGGACAGGCCAUCGUCUCCUCCUCCUCCUCCUCCUCCUCCUCUCAAGGAAACCGAGUCCCACCUCAUCCAAAUCCACACUCAUUCCCUCGUACGCAACGACCCUGAAAUCAUUCCCUGUGUAAACAUGACACGAGCUUUCUUGUCGCUGCGGUCUUCUCCAGUUCCCUAGCUCCAGAAGCAUUCAUCAAAUCCCUUAUCUGCGAUUGCGACGCCUCCACACGCUUCCUGCCCAUCAUCAUACCUCUCUGCCUUUAUAUAUAUCUCGAGAAUUCAAUUCACUCAGCUGUAGAUACCCUGCUCCUUUGGUUGAUUUGCAGUAGCUUUCGAGAAAUGGAGCUGAGAGAGAUCGGGUUCACUCUGCCGCCGGGGUUCAGGUUCCACCCGAACGACCACGAGCUGGUGUGCCACUACCUCUCCAGGAAGGUCAGCGACCAGGAAAGGACCAUGGUGGAGGUCGACCUGCACGUUCAAGAACCGUGGGAGCUCCCAGAUGCGGCUAAGUUGGGCGCCGACGAGUGGUACUUCUUCAGCUUCCGCGACCGCAAGUACGCGACCGGAUCGCGAACGAACCGCGCGACCAAGUCGGGCUACUGGAAAGCCACCGGGAAGGACCGAGCGGUCAGCGACCCGUCGACGGGCGCCGCGGUGGGGAUGCGGAAGACGCUGGUGUUCUACAGAGGAAGAGCCCCCAACGGGGCGAAGACGAAUUGGGUGAUGCAUGAGUUCAGACUGGAGACGCCUCGAUCUGCACCAAAGGAGGACUGGGUCCUGUGCAGAGUUUUCGAGAAGAGGAAAGGGGAAAGAGAUCAAGGAGGGGAGUCGGCCACGGAGGGGACGCCGACGAGCUCGAGGUGGGGGGAGGAGGAGUGGCUUGGAUUGCUGUUGGAGUGGGGGACGAUGGAGAACGGAGCUCGAGCUGGGGAAGGAGGAAUUCUGACUGUGUAACGGAAGCACGAACUGUAGAUUUGGUGUAAUAAUUGUUAGCGCAUAGGUUUGGUUUAAUUCAUGAUUAUCUGCCUUUUUUUAUUAAGAAUUCUUAUUUAAUUUAGUAUUUUUAUUUAAUAUUUAAAUUGAAAUAAAAUGAAUAAAUUGAAAUACACAUCGUCGUUUUGGUUCGGGGAGGUUUAGGUUUUUAGGAGCGAUCGAUCUCGUAGAUCCGUCGAUCGAAUCAUUCUCUGCCGGCGAUUCCUCCUCCUUGCCUGGCUGCCCGACCACCUGCGGCGAAGUCCGCAUUCUCUACUCCUUCGGCGUCGGCCCCAAUUGCUAGGGCGGAUUCCGCCGACGAAGGCGACGGCUUCGUCGCCUACAAGCCUUUCCUCGCAGCUGCCGAGGUAAUCGACGUAACCCUAGCUUCCAGCUAGGCACGCAUCUGCAACCAACAGAUGCCGGAAACCGCCUCACCAACAUCGGGCGCGACGCCUUCGCCUACAUGGAGGGCCUCAAGGAGCGGCGGUGGAUACCAGACCGCCCUCGUCGACGAGUGAUUCGAGUUCAGCGCCUCCUGCGUUACUUCAAACGAUCACAUUCGAACUCCGGGCGUGCGUGCUCAGCUCAUGCUGGGCUGGUCGAUCGGAGGAGUGUGUGGACUCCAUCAGUGACCCAGGUUGCCUCUGCAACUUCUCCACUGAUUGUCAGGGGAGCUCCUACUUCAGUCAUGGAUGCCAAGAGACAAAGAGGAUUAUCCAUGCUUUGGAGUAUGUACAAACAAAUCAGGGGGAUACAGCUGUGUUUGCUCACCAGGGAAGCAGGGAGAUCCUUUCACUGACGGGGCUUGCUAUCGCGAGAGCCUUUCCUUGGCAAUGAAGUUGCUUAUUGUUGUCCUGGGUGGUAGCUUGUCAACUCAAACUCACUUGAUUUGCAAUUCUGCUGACUCGACAUUAUAUGAUUCGCAGAUCACAGUUGUUGAUUGUUCCCACCCCCCUAAAGGAGUCAGCUUUUGCCUUGUCCUACUGUUUGGUUUUAUUAUUAACAUCAUGCAUGAAAGAGGAAAAAAUCCAAAGAAUCAAAGACGUAUUUUUCAAGCAAAAUGGCGGACACUUGCUUACUUGAAGAAAUGAAAUUGCAACAAGGUAUUGGUUAGAAAUUUUUACUAGAGAAGAACUAGGUCAAGCAACAAACAAGUUCAACAAGAAUCACAUUAUUGAGGCUGGCGGCCAUUGAACGGUAUACAAAGGAAUCCUGAACGAUAAUUGGACUGCUGAAAUAAAGAGACCUAUGAUCAUAGUAAAGCUUUUGGACUGUUGCCUGGAAGUGGAACACCAAUGCUGGUCUUAGAGUUCAUCCCCAGUGGAACCUUAUUUCAGUUUAUUCAUGAAAGUAGCAGAAAUCAACCACUUCACUAGAAACUUGUCUAAAGAUUGCACUGGAGUCUGCAGAAGCACUUGCCUAAUUGCAAUUGUUCGCUCUCGGAUAAUUCAUGGUGAUGUGAAAUUUUCUAACAAAGUACUGACGAAUGAGACUCAGUUUGCCACAUUGGUAGAAGGGAUUUUUGGCUUCUUAGACCCUGAAUAGCUAUGAACAUGUCAAUUAACUGACAAGGAUGAUGUUUAUAGUUCUGGGUGGUUCUUCUGGAAGGGAAGAAAGUGAUCUAUCUUGAAGAGUCUGGAGCAGAGAGAAGUCUUUCUUUGAGCUUCAUAGUGGCAAUGAAGGAGGGUAGAGUUGCUGAGUUUUUCGCUCAUCAAGUCAGAAAAGAUGCAGAAGCACAACUUCAAGAGUUUGCCAAGUUAGUCGUGUGCAGUAUCUCUUAGUGUUCUUAGGAGAAGAAAGGCUUACGACAAAAGAGGUGGCAGAAGAGCUUUCAAAAUUUAGAAAAUCGAAUCAGAAAUCCAAGGCACAGCAAAUCAUGGUCAAGACUCAGACUCAAAUGCAUCCAUGGCUACCUAUGAAUUGUAUGACAAACAAUUGUGGAGACGCCGACAGAAUAGUAUAAAUCCUCAUUCUGGUCCAGUCCUCACGAUGAUCAAAUUUAGAAGUUUUCCAUCAAAAACCAAUGAAAGAAAUAACAAUAUUGGAGGGCCAUUAGAAGGAUUUCCAUACAUGGGUUUAUAAAUUGUGUCAUUGAACACGAAACAGUGGGUCUUUAGCUUACAAACUAACAUACUGCAGCCUCAUGCUGCUGUAGCAACAUCGUCUGCUUCCUCACAUCAUGAGGUCAAACAGGGGAAGAAUCCGGUUCAAACAAUGGCGGGCAGCAUCUUCUGAACAUUCCACAGCAGCAGAGACACCACAAGCUGCAUAUUUGGCAGAAGAUCAAAUCAAAUUUUACAUGGCACAGGCCCAAGGCUGCACCUCAAAGGACACACUCACCAUGAAUCCAGUAAGCCAUGGGGGGACGGUGCAGGUGCCGGAGGAAGCAGUGGCACCUCAGGAUGAGAAAAUGGUGGUGGUGGUGGGGGAGAAUCCAUUGCCACACACGGGAAAUCACCAACUAACCUAACCCUCCGUAGUGUGUAAUAUGGCACUCCAGCUAACAGUCAGAUCAGUGCUCCAAGAACGAGAGGCAAACAAACAGUCAGCUGUGAGACUAAAGAAAACGGUUUAAUGUGCCAGUCUAUGAUGCUUCAAUGAUUGAUAGAUAGAGUUGAUUUUAGAAAUUCAGCUGAAAGACAUUAUGUUUUGAGGAAAAUAUCGUGGUAUGGAAUCAUUUUAGUUUUUUU